GUCUGGGUUUAAGUGUGCGCCAGCGAUCUGGGAAGGGAAUUAAGAAGCAGAUAUUAGUGCGGGCUCGUGGGAGCAGACAUGUUCGGGUGCCUUGUGGCCGGGAGGCUGGUGCAGACGGACGCCCAGCAAGUAGCAGAAGAUAAAUUUGUGUUUAAUUUGCCCGACUUCGAGAGCAUCAAUCACGUGGUGGUGUUCAUGUUGGGCACGGUCCCUUUCCCAGAGCGCAUGGGAGGAUCCGUUUACUUCUCAUUCCCUGACCAAACUGGCAUGCCCGUCUGGACGUUACUUGGAUUCAUCACCAAUGAAAAGCCCAGCGCCAUAUUCAAAAUUUCUGGCCUAAAGUCUGGCGAAGGCAGCCAGCACCCAUUUGGAACUAUGAAUUUACCUCAGACGCCCUCCGUAGCUCAGAUUGGAAUUUCUGUGGAGCUUCUAGAACAAAUGGCUCAGCAAACCCCUGUAGCCAAUGCUGCUGUUUCCACUGUAGACUCAUUCACCCAGUUCACUCAGAAAAUGCUGGAUAAUUUCUAUAACUUUGCCACGUCGUUUGCUGUGUCGCAAGCUCAGAUGAUCCCCAACCCAUCGGAAGUCUUUAUACCUUCCAAUGUUGUCCUUAAAUGGUACGAGAACUUUCAAAGACGUAUGGCACAGAACCCAUUCUUCUGGAAGACAUAGACGGGACAAGAACUUUAUCAAGCUGUGCUGCUUCGGCAAAAACUACAUUGCGUGCCUCUUAUUUUCUUUAUUUGCUGAGCAGGUCUUCAGCUUGAUUGGCUCCUUUUCAUCCGAGCCGAUUCAUCUCUUGGCACACCAAUAUUGAUGGCUGAUCUGUCGGCUGAACUGGCAGCCUUUGCUUAACGUACAGGGCUGAAAUCCUACUCUUAACAGUGGAAUGGGUUAAUUCAAUAAAAGUUUUGCUAUGACAGCCGCUUCAGCCAAGGGUUAAGGUUAACCUUUAAGAUGUUUAAGUGUCUUUUUUCAGAUUUAAUUUUUUUAUUAAACCUGUUUUAAGGUUACCUUUCUGGUAUUAAGAGUCUUGGGUCAGUAUAGUAGUCGCUUCUCAUGGUUUUAAUUGAUAAUGUGGCUUCUGCUUGUAGAUUUUUGGAGUGCUUUUUAUGCGUUUUUUGUACAUGUAUGGUCUCUUAUAAUCUAGUAUAAGAAGGUAUCUUACAGUAUCUCAUAUUAUAUUUAUAUUCAUUUAUGGUACAGAGGUGACAUUUACUUAUUACAGACUUGGUUCUAUAACAAGGUCUGGUCAUGUCGUAUGAAACCAGUGGCUUUACCUAGGUCCUGUAUUAGAGUUGCAGACUAUAAAACAUGAAUAAACAUCAGAAUCCAGUACUCUAGUGUUGGUUCAUUAUAUAAAGGUCUGAGCAAAGCAAACCUGGUUCUUCACCAGACCAACAAAGCCUCUAUGUGUACAGGAACAAAACUGCAAAUAUUUGCUAUUUAAAGGGGUUGAUUCACUUUGCCUCAGAUCCAUUGUUUUUAAAAUAUUCUACACUCUUGCAGGAUAGGAUUCAUUCCCUGCCAAUCUUUUUUUGUUCCUCAUAUCACCUGUAACUAGAGUAAAUUUUGACAGAACUGUCUAACAUUUUUAAACUAAAAGGGUCGGUUCACCUUUAAGUUAACUUUUAGUAUGUUAUAGAAUGGCCAGAUCUAAGCAACUUUUCAAUUGGCCUUCAAAAUGAAAAUGUAAUGUUUCCACUGACACAUGAGGAGAGAGGGAUAGUGCAUUGUAACUUGAUUAUUUCACACAAUACGGAAUGUUUAACUGAUUAAAUAUCAUAUUUUAUUUCUUAUUUCAAUGAGAAGAUACAUACAUUGUUAUGAUAAUUCCCUUUUAAGUCAGCAGAGCUUACAGGUUUACUGACACCUAGAAUGAAAAAGGUAUUUUGCAGAUGUCCAUAUUUAGCUAUGAAAAAAACUAAAAAUCUAUGGAGCUUUACCUAAUGUAUUUAUGUUUCCUAUAAACAAAUAUUCACUGCCUAAAUAAAUUGUAUUUGUGUGGGA